GCGCAGCCACCCCCCUUUCUGUUAACAAUAUCCUCCUUCCUUCCUCAAACCUCUAUUUAUAACUCGAUGAAAUCCGAGUCACGUUUCUGGUCUAACCCAAGAAAGCAUGUCUGGUGGCAAAUUCGCGGAAUCUGAGGUUCUGCUGUAUCCAAUAACCAUCAGGGAGAAAGGAAACAUUUAUAAGCCACACAAUAAAGUCAUGUCCGAAGAGAAUUACAACGAGAAGAUGGUCCGCGAUGCUCACACCAAGGAGAUAGACCUGGUGGAGAGGGAUCCGAAGCAUCUUAACGACGAUGUGGUUAAGGUUGACUUUGAAGAUGUAAUUGCUGAACCAGAGGGAACACACACUUUUGAUGGCAUAUGGAAAGACAGCUUCACUACUUUCACAGUGUCAAAAUACUGGUGUUACCGCCUUUUGUCAGCUCUGAUUGGCAUACCCUUAUCACUCAUUUGGGGUAUCUACUUUGCCAUUCUGUCCUUCAUACACAUCUGGGUCGUAGUACCAUUAAUUAAGAGCUAUCUGAUUGAAAUCCAGUGUGUCAGCAGGGUCUACUCAAUCUGCAUCCAUACUUGCUGUGAUCCUUUCUAUGAUGCGGUUGGGAAAAUGUUCAGCUCUGUCCGUGUAGUAUUUCGAAAAGAAGUAUAACUCCUGUACGAAAACAAGUGGAGGUCUGGCAGUUGAUCUAAUGCCAGCUGUCUGCAGAUCCUAAAAUGUCACAAUUAGUAAUCUACAAAAACUCUUUAUUGUAUUUCUGCCAAAACAAAGUAUUGCUUAUUCAGUUUUGCUCCCUUCAUUUAUCUUGCUGGAUUAUCUGUUCCUUUCUCAGAUCUACAUUUCUGCACUGAUCCUUAUUGUCAGUGCUGGCAUUCCAUAUAGUUGUACAGUCACAUUACUGUUUUAUAUGUUUAACUGCAAAAUGUCAACAUGUUCCUAGCCAUGACUCAUAUUGUAAGCUUACAGUAUUAGUGUCCAUUUAUGGCAGAGGAUUACAGAAACCAUUAAAAAAACUGAGGCUCCAUUUUGCUGUUAACGGCUAGCUUUACUAAGACAACAGAAUGAACAGAGCAAGCUAGCAUUUUUUUAUUUGAAAGAGUGUUUUAUUGCUGUUGUAUUGACUGCUGUUUUGUAUGCUUAACACAUUUACCUUUUGCCUUUGAACAUGCACCUGUGCACACAUUUCAUUUUACAAUCAGUAGUAAUGAAAGGCAAAAUAAAGCAAGUUGACGCAGGUUUUACUUUUCAUACUAUAGAAUUCAAUAGUGAGCAGUGAAUACAUUUAAAAUUAGUUACAGGUAUUUUCUAGUACUUAUUCCAUGAAACAUUGUUUAACUAGGUGCUGGGUUAUACCCUAUUUAAAUUUAAUGCGGAAGUUCAAAAACUAGGAACUAUAAAAUGACAUGUAAUAUUUUUAAAUGCGAUGUGACUCUGUUUUCAGGUUGACACACAUUUCUUUGGUUGUUUUUUUCCUUUGCCUACUCAUGUACUGCUCGGCUGUGUGAAUUACAAAAAUGUCAUACAAAGUUGCAAUACCAGAGAAGAAAACGUCAAGGUGGUACAAAAUAACUUUUCAUUUGCCAUAUAGUCGCCUUGUCUUUUCUUUGUACAUCUCCAUACCUUUAAAAAUGGAGAUGAACUGAUAAUAAUGUUAUUACACUGUAACUACACAAUUAUUCUGUGUUAAAAUAUGAAAUAGUAAAUAUUUCCUUGUAUUUCUUGCAGUGAAAAUUAAAACCUUGCUUUAUGGAAGCUUGUCAUUUGAGUUUAAGAAAUUAGUUAGAUUUUAAAAUAAUCAACGUUUAGUUUAGCUGCCAUGACCAAAUUGUAAACUAGAUUAAAGUAUUUUAUAUACAGACACACUAAAACUUUUCUCUGGAAGAUUGUUUAUUAAUGUAACAUUUUUUAGAUGUAAGUGCCACUUUUUGCACAUAAAGUGUAAGAUCGUAACUACUAUGAUGUGUUUUAUAAACAGAUACUGGCAUAGAUGCAGUUUUUACUUUGCAAAGUUUAUAAUGUGUAAAUAGAUACAAUUGGUAAUAUUUUAGUUCAUGUUGCAUUAUUAAAAGUGUUAUUGCUUAACAAAUGUAGGCUAAUGUUUUGUACAGUGCUUGCAUCAUAUUGUCAUUUUGAAACAGCUGCUGUGACAUCUGACCUGUGAAAGGUAAAAGAUGUUCUGUAUAGCCAUAGGCUGGCAUGAAGUGCCUUACUCUAGCUAUUCAGGAAUCAGAGAACAAGUGCUUAGAAUUUUAAUUGUUGUUUGUAGUCUGCAUAUACGUUGUCAAUAAAGGUGAAAGAAA